CGGACGUGAAGGCCACGGACCUGUGAGCACUGAAGUUUUUGUCACAUGAAAACCGCCGGCCGAGCUGUAAAAAUCCGGGUUUCCUAGGCGUUUCCCAGUUUACCCGGCCGGAGGGCUCGGCGGCACGAUCCCGGGGAAGGGACAUCCUGAUCACCAGCCUAGAUGCAGCAAUGACCUUCGAGGAGCUCUGUGAUGAAGUGCGAGAGAUGUGCAGUCUCCGUCAGGGGCACCCGCUCACCCUUAAGUGGGUGGACAAUGAAGGUGACCCCUGCACUGUGUCCUCCCAAAUGGAGCUGGAGGAGGCCUUCCGCCUGGCCUGUCAGCGCAGGGAUGAAGGGCUCAUCAUUCACGUGUUCCCUAGCACCCCUGAGCAGCCAGGCAUGCCGUGUCCAGGAGAAGACAAAUCCAUCUACCGCCGCGGAGCCAGAAGAUGGAGGAAGCUGUACCGCGCCAACGGCCAUCUCUUCCAGGCCAAGCGCUUUAACAGGAGAGCGUACUGUGGCCAGUGCAGCGAAAGGAUAUGGGGUCUCGCAAGGCAGGGCUACAGGUGCAUCAACUGCAAGCUGCUAGUCCAUAAACGCUGCCACGUGCUCGUCCCGCUGACCUGCAACAGGCAUAUGGAUACUGUCAUGCCUUCCCAAGAACCUGCAGUAGAUGACAAGGACGAUGUGGAUCUUCCUUCUGAGGACACCCAUGGAAUUGCUUACAUUUCUUCAACCCGGAAACACGACAACAUUAAAGAUGAUUCUGAGGACCUCAAGCCAGUUAUCGAUGGGAUGGAUGGAAUCAAAAUAUCUCAGGGGCUCGGGCUGCAGGAUUUUGACCUGAUCAGGGUCAUUGGGCGUGGGAGCUACGCCAAAGUCCUCCUGGUCCGACUGAAGAAGAACGACCAGAUGUAUGCCAUGAAGGUGGUAAAGAAGGAGCUGGUGCACGAUGAUGAGGAUAUUGACUGGGUACAGACAGAGAAGCAUGUGUUUGAGCAGGCAUCUAGCAACCCUUUCCUGGUCGGCUUACACUCCUGCUUCCAGACAACAAGUCGGCUGUUCCUGGUCAUAGAGUACGUCAAUGGCGGGGACCUCAUGUUCCACAUGCAGAGACAGAGGAAGCUUCCGGAGGAGCAUGCCAGAUUCUAUGCUGCUGAGAUCUGUAUCGCUCUCAACUUCUUACAUGAGAGAGGGAUCAUCUACCGGGAUCUGAAGCUGGACAAUGUUCUCCUUGACGCCGACGGCCACAUCAAGUUAACGGACUACGGCAUGUGCAAGGAAGGCCUGGGCCCUGGUGACACGACCAGCACUUUCUGCGGAACCCCAAAUUAUAUCGCCCCUGAAAUCCUGCGGGGGGAGGAGUACGGAUUCAGCGUGGACUGGUGGGCACUGGGCGUUCUGAUGUUUGAGAUGAUGGCUGGGCGCUCCCCGUUUGACAUCAUCACUGACAACCCCGACAUGAACACAGAGGACUACCUUUUCCAAGUAAUCCUAGAGAAACCCAUCCGGAUCCCCCGAUUCCUCUCCGUGAAAGCCUCCCACGUCUUGAAAGGAUUUUUAAACAAGGACCCCAAAGAGAGGCUUGGCUGCCGGCCACAGACAGGAUUUUCUGAUAUCAAGUCUCACGCAUUCUUCCGCAGCAUAGACUGGGACCUGUUGGAGAAGAAGCAGGCCCUCCCGCCAUUCCAGCCCCAAAUAACCGACGAGUACGGUCUGGACAACUUCGACACCCAGUUCACCAGCGAGCCCGUGCAGCUGACCCCAGAUGACGAGGACGUCAUAAAAAGGAUCGACCAGUCCGAGUUUGAAGGUUUUGAGUACAUCAACCCGUUACUGCUGUCCACCGAGGAGUCCGUGUGAGGCCGUCUUCUCUGUCAUGGACACGUCUGUGAAUGACCCCUUCACUCUAUCCUUAACUACAGCGCAUGCAUGCCAGGCUGGGCGCAAGGCUCCAAGUGCGGCCAGGGAGGGAUACUUGCCGCCGACCCCGUGGACGGGGGCGCCAAGCGGGCGCUUCUCAUAGCGGAACAGUCUUGCGUCUGGGCCCGCGCGGCCAGCUUUGUGCUGGAGGAAUUUGCUUCUUGUGCCUGCGCCGCGGACAACCCGCGGUGACCGUGUCCAAGGGAGAAACUGCCCCACGAUUUCGAAGGUGCACACUUUCCACAGAAACAGAACUGACCUGCUCCGCCAGGAGAGUUAGCCUGUAAUGUCCUGAGGAAUAAAAUGUGCCCAUGAUGUCGAAGCCGUCCUGGUGCCUUUUUUCCGCGUGCGGCACCCACCCAGCGUUGCAGGCGACAGCCACAUGGGAGGAGCCCGAGUGGGCGGGGUUGUGCGCUGAGUCGAGGCUGGGAACGGGAGUCCGAGUGCCCACAGAGAGGCACUGCGGUGGAGAAUUGACAAAUUUGGGACAUUUUCUCAAUCCCAGUAAGUUCCCACGUUUGUAGUUAGCAUGUAUGUCACACCAGUGCAUCUGCAGCCCCCACAGUGUCACCGACCAUGAGGAGACCCAAUCCUGGAUUCUAAUGCUGCUCACUGAAGCACCCGGAUACCAAAUAAAGUAAGAAAUUGGAAGACGAAAUCUGCACAAAAUAUCUCUGAAAACACUAAGCGGGGCAGCCUAUGUGACCUCUUGUGUUAUGUAUUAAAUCUUCGAAAAAAUA